AUGUCAUCCAUGAUAAAUCUGCUUUAUGAGUUUAGACGUGAUCUGUAUCGAGAGAAACUAUAUGAUGGUUAUGGAAAAGCAACAGAAGUGGAUAUAAAACACUGGGAGCAGGUUGUCGCGAGUAUGAACAGACGAAUUGCAUAUGUGAAGCAACUCGAUGAUGAAUUUAUUCUUAAAGGCGAUUAUAACGAGGUAGAUUGGUUGGCUAUGGCCAAUAUCAGUUUCCGCAAUACUCGAACAGCGCGUCAACUUCGUCUUAAAUGGCUGAAUGAACAGUGUCCGGAGUGGUCGAAGGAUGAGUGGUCAUAUGCUGAGAUUGAACAUUUAAAGAAAUAUGCUGAAGAUUCGACUCGAAUCAAAGCAGUCAAUUGGGAAAUAGUUGCGGAUGAAUUAGAUACUGAUCGAACACCUCUGCAGUGUUUUGCGAGAGUUCAGGAAAUGAAGCAGUAUAUGCUGGAUCGUUGUUCAUGGACAAAGGAGGAAGAUUUGAAACUGCGCACAAUGAAGAUUAUAGCUCAAAACCUUGGUGCUGUACGCUGGGGAAGAGGUAUCGUUAUCAUUUUCACUUAUUUUUAA